CCCAAACUUCAGCGAAAUUCCAGUUUUAGCCUCAAUAGUCCCUCUUCUUCAGUCUUCCCUAAUUCAUAUCAAAAUGCGCCUGCUAACCACACCAUUGCCAAAGCCGGGAGAUGACCAUUUUGCCGGACGCCUUGGCCGCAACCCUAACAUCGGUGCUUCAUCGAACGCCGUGAAUCCCCAUCUCUCCGGUCCCCCCUCCGGCAUCCUUCCUCCGUCUUCCGAUUUCCUUUUCUUUCAACCCUAAACCUUUCUUCCGCAUUGAGAGAAACCAGAAUGGCAUAAAUAAAUCAGUCUGGAUUCUUCAUGAAAAGAGUUCGAGUAUCAAAAUACAAGAGCUUAUCCUCACCAAGUCUUUGGAAAUAAUGCCCUUUUGGAUCCGAAGGGCGUCCAAUAAGAUUGCCUUCAAAUCUGUUGCCCGUUGCUUUCAUGGUUCCUGCUCCGUUGUUGAAUCACCCUUCCCCAGAGUUGAGACGCUUUGGUUCGUCAAAGUAGUAUGCACUCUAACUGUUUGUGAUUCUGACGAUUUGACCGUUUUUUGCUCGGAUUAUUUUCGGAAUCAUUUGAAUCCAACGAUUGCUUUCUUUGCCAUUCAGCAAUUAAAUUACGGUUUUAAUAACCCGAGACUAGCAUUUGAAUUCUUUCAGUUUACGAGGCUCAAUUUGAACCUCGUUCAUUCAGUUUCUUCUUCUAAUUUGCUGUUGAGGUCACUCUGUCAAAUGGGUCAUCUUGAUUUGGCUGAAUUGUUACUACAGUGUAUGAAUAAUGAUGGAUGUUUACCGGAUAGACCGGUUUUGGAAUGUUUAAUAUCUAGUUUAGGGAAUGCUAGCAAGUUUGGGUUGGCAAAAGAAAUUUUGGUUUCGCAGGCCCAGUUAUGCAUUGAGAAAGAGAUGAUCAUUAGUUCUGUUGUACAUAAUAUUUUGUUGAGCAUGUUAGUGAAACGAAGUAGAGUAGAUGAUGCAGUUAGUUUUUUUCAAGAUUAUAUUCUGAGGUUAGGGGGAUUUCAUCCUGAUACUUGUAGCUUCAAUAUUGUCAUUGGAGGAUUGUGCCGGACUGGCAAGGCUGGUAAGGCCUUUGAUUUUUUUUAUGAUAUGAGUACUUUUGGGUGUUCGCCUGAUAGAAUAACUUACAAUUCUCUUAUAAACGGGUUAUGCAUGGGUGGUAAUGUGGAUAGAGCCGUGGAUUUGUUGAGGGAAAUGCAAUCACAAGUUGGGGUUGCACCUGAUGUUGUGACCUAUACUUCAGUUAUAUCCGGUCUUUGCAAAUUGGAAAAGAUGGAGGAGGCUACUGCUUUCUUGGAUGAGAUGAUUCAGCAUAGAAUUAGACCUAAUUUAGUAACUUUGAAUAUUCUUAUUGAUGGAUUUGGCAAGUCUGGAGACAUGGGUUCAGCUUUGAAGAUGCUUGAUAAAAUGGCCGAUCUCAAUUGUUGUCCUGAUGUCAUUACUUUUACGUCUCUCAUUAGUGGGCAUUGUCAGAUUGGAGAGUUAGACCAAGGUCUGAAGCUGUGGGAUGAAAUGACCGCAAAAAAGCUGUUUCCUAAUGUCUAUACUUUCUCCAUAGUUAUUGGGGCUUUAUGUAAGGAGAAUAGAAUUAACGAGGCUCGCGAUUUAUUGCGACAAUUAUUCUGGCGAGACGAUAUCAUACCAAAGGCAUUUAUCUACAACCCUGUGAUUGAUGGUUUUUGUAAGGCAGGAAAUGUUGAUGAAGCCAAUGCUAUUUUUGCGGAAAUGGAAGCAAAAAAAUGCAGUCCAGAUAAGUAUACUUUUACGAUUCUCAUCCUAGGUCAUUGUAUGAAAGGAAGGAUCUGUGAGGCAAUUGACCUCUUCGACAAGAUGCUGAUAGUCGGUUGUGUUCCUGAUGAAAUUACAAUUAAAUCUUUAGUAUCUUGUCUUCUUAAGGCUGGGAAGCCAAAUGAAGCUUACAGGAUAAAAAGAGCUGCGUCAGAAGGAAUUAAAAAAGCCGUUCCGGCUUGUAAAAGGCCUGAGCUUGUCAAGGACAAGAUAGACAUUCCAGUGGCUGUCUGAUUGAGGGUUAACCUUCACCAUCUUUUCCAUUGGGAUGGUUGGUUGCUUACAGGCUAACCUGCGUUAACAUGAAUUUGCAUUCUUACAAGCAGGUUACGGACAGAAAAAGCCGGUUUUUGCUUAUCGUGUGCUUGGGCAUGGAGCAAUGGAGGAGAAAAAUCUACAAGAGUCAGGUAAUGAUUGAUGAAGUUGCUGCAAUUGCAUCUUCUAUUUACUUUUCUCUGGGGCUGAACGAACAGGAAAAUCUCAGCAGGUGGCAAAGGAAUGACUCACAAUUUGGGCGCUUGAUAGGCAGCAAAUAUACGUGACGGGACUACACCAAAAGAGGAAAUGCAGCGUCGAUUUGACUUUGGUGAUGAUGACAACGCCAAACCAAUGGUUUGGUACAAGAGAAUGAAAUGCAUCUGGUCCUUAAGCAAUAUACCGUUGGAUGUUCUGCAAAAGCAGAAAGUUCCUUAUGCAGGAAGCAUGCCUUUGGACACUGAUGCAGAGCUUGAUUACUAGGCAUGAAGCACAUUGCAUUGCAUGCUAGGAAACCAAAUACUGGUUGAGGUCGAUGGACCCUAUAUGUCUGCUCCUAAACAAGGAAAUGCUUCUACUGUACCCCCAUUACCUUUCCCUUCCGUUUCCGGCUAAAUAUAGUUAGGGUAGCCAAGAAUUCAGCAAAUUCUGUAUCACACCAAAAGUUGCAAAACUCUCAGCAAGAGCAGAUUUGACUAUUUCUUGCAGUAUGCACAUAAAAGUAACACCAACGGUACUUGGGUCAUUGAAAAUUUGCAAAACUCUCAGCUUAAACCGUUAGUUCUACAGUUCUAUUUCAUCUUAUCCAAUAAUAAUUUUCCAAGGUAAGAAAUGAAACACAGCACUACAGAGUGAGAGAGUUCAGAGGAAAGGUGAAAAGAAGGCUUUGAAGAGCUACAAGCCCAAUAGAAAGAAUUUGGCCCAUUUAGCAAAAAUCCUUACGAACAAUAAAAAAAAUAUAUAUAUCAAGCUGCUUUGAU